AUGAAAUAUAAAUCAGCCACACCCCUCUUCCAGAAUGCCUUUGCCCAGCAAGCAGUGUGCGCCCCGAGCCGCGUGUCCUUCCUCACUGGGAGGAGGCCUGACACCACACGCCUGUAUGACUUCAACUCCUACUGGAGGGUGCACGCAGGAAACUUCUCCACCAUCCCCCAAUACUUCAAGGAGAAUGGCUACCUGACCAUGUCGGUUGGAAAAGUCUUUCACCCUGGUACUGCUCCAUGCCCAAAGUCUGAGUUCUCUUGUUCUGUGAUGAGUGUGGGAAUCCCCUGCUGGGCAUGAGGCUGUCUCUGCAGACACCUUUUCGGCCUGGAUGCUUACACUGCUGCCUUUCUAGAAAAACCACUUCUCAGCUUGGCUUCAGUUCUCAGUCAAAGUGAAAAGAGGGUAGAAAGAGUCUGGCUCCCUUUCAGAGGCUGGAGGUGGUGCUCUGGGGCCUCCUCUGGCU